UUACUAGGAACAGACAAUGUAUGUGAACAAAGCGAAAGAGUAACUUGCAAUAAGAGAGCACUACAAGCUGAUGAUGAGAAUGAGAUUGAGUCGUCAACGACGAAAACAGACACAUCCCCUCCUAGAAAGUAAGUUUAAAACACACACAAAAGAUCUCUGAAUCUGAUUGGCAAUGAAACAAAAUUUUGGUUUAUUGGCAAUGUUUUUCCUUUUGGCAGGGCUCAGAUUGUUGGAUGGCCACCAGUUAGAUCAUACAGGAAGAACAACAUUCAGACAAAGAAGAAUGAAUCUGAUCGUGAGGGUCAAGGAAUCUAUGUGAAAGUAAGUAUGGAUGGUGCACCAUACCUGAGGAAAAUAGAUUUGAGCUGUUAUAAAGGAUACUCAGACUUGCUCAAAGCUUUAGAGUCCAUGUUCAAGAUCUCCGUGGGAGAGUAUUUUGAGAGAGAUGGAUAUAAAGGGUCAGACUUUGUGCCUACUUAUGAAGACAAAGAUGGUGAUUGGAUGCUUAUUGGAGAUGUUCCAUGGGAGAUGUUUGAAUGUAAUUGCAAGCGAUUAAGGAUCAUGAAAGGUUCAGAAGCCAAGGGCUUAGGCUCUGGUGUGUGAGACAAAAGCUUGAGGAAACCUAACAGAGAAGCAAGAACCUAAAGAACAGAGUUUCUCAGGUUGUCAGGGUUUACCAGAUUGAAUUAAAGUCAUGGCCAAUUUUUUUUUACCUCAUGGGUAAAUCUCAUAUGUAGAUAAUGGUCUUCAGCAUCUGGAAACUGAAACCUAAUUACUUUUUUGUUACAGAUACAAGGCAAAAGGUUGUCCUUAGUCUGUGGUUUUGUAUUACAUUAAAAGUUGUUAUGAGAUUGAAUAGUUCAUCUAAUGUUUGUGACAACAUGUUUUGUG